AUGAUCAGGUGGUGGCUGCCGGUGUGCGCGACGCUGGGGCUGCACGGGCUGCUGGCGGCGGUGCUCGCCCGCAGCGUCGCGGCGCGGGCGCGCGCGGACCUGCGCCGGGCCAGGGCGCCGAGGGCCGGCGGCACGGUGUGCGUGAGCCAGGCGGGGAGGCCGCCCGUGCUGCGCGAGGUCGCGGGCGACGAGGGCGGCGGCCUGCGCAUCCGCUUCCACGGCGAGCGCUACCGCCUGGGGCCCCGCGGGCCCGGCUGGGAGGGCGCCGCGGUGGUGCCCGCGCCGCGGCCGCUGCUGGGGUACCACUGCCUCCGCGAGCGGGGCGGCCUGGGCGAGGCGGAGGUGCAGCGGCUGCGCCAGGAGUACUGCCCGAACGACUUCCGCGUGCCAGUGCCGCCCCUCAAGUCGGUGGUCUUCCGGCGGCUGAUGCGCCCGAUUGCACUCUUCGAGGUCGCCUCCGUCGCCCUGUGGGCCCUCGACGACUACUGGGCGUUCACGCUCCUGUCGCUGGUCAGCAUCCUGGGCUACGAGGUGAACGCGGCCGUGACACGGCAUCGGUCGAUCAAGGAGCUGCACAGCUCCGUGCCGCAGCCUGGGCAGGCGCAGGUGCUCCGCUGCGGACAGUGGGCCGCGCUGGCAGAGGUGGACCUCCUCCCGGGCGACGUGGUGCGUCUCACUGCGGGCCGCAAGGCGCCCUGCGACGCCGUCCUGGUGGAUGGCCGCGUGGUUGUCAACGAGGCGACGCUGACAGGCGAGUCCUUCCCGGUGGCCAAGGCCGCGGCGCCACAGCUGUUCCGGGAGCUGUCGCAAGCGGCCGACGCCCGUUACUGCGUGUACGCGGGCACGGACAUCCUCACGACCCAGGGGGACGCGGUUGGCGUGGUGCUGCGGACGGGGUUCCAGACGAAGCAGGGCGCGCUCGUGCGGAGGGCCCUGCAGUCCCAGGACGCGCUCCGGGACGCGGACACCCUGAAGGCCGUGGUCUUGCUGCUCGGUUUCGCGCUCGUGGCGGCGGGCUACGUCGCCGCCAACGCGAGGGUCAGGGAGAGGCUCUGGGUGAAGGUGGGGAUCGUCCUGGGCUACGUCGUGCAGCCGACGCUGCCGCUGCUGAUGACGUACGCGGUGCAGCGGACGGUGCAGACCCUGCGCACGAAAGACGUCGGCUGCGCGGAGCCGCUCCGGGUGCUCGCGGCGGGGGCCACCUCGCAUUGCCUCUUCGACAAGACGGGCACGCUCACCGAGGACAGGAUCAGCGCCGUCGGGGUGGUGGAGCCCGAGCAGGAGGACUUGCUGCCCAUGGAGCGCUCGGCAGCCUUCCCGACGAAGGCGAUCCUGGGCCACUGCCACGACGUCGUGUUCGACGGCGCCGGCAGGCCGCUGGGCGAUCCCCUGGAGGUGGCGGCCCUGGAGGCGAUCGGCGGCCGGGCCUGCGCGGGCGCAGGCCUGCGGGUGGCGCGCUGCAGAGGGGAGGGGCUCGCGCAGGAUGAGCGUGGAGUACGAGCUGCCGGGCGCGGCCGGGCGUUGCCUGCUGGCCAAGGGCUCGCCAGAGGCGCUGCGGCCCCUGCUGCUCGAGGAGCCGGAGGGCUACGCCCGCGGCGCGGAGGCGCUGGGCGCGCGGGGGCUGCGCGUGCUGGCGCUGGCGUGGCGCGAGCUGCCGGGCCCCGCCGCCUCGCGGGCGGAGGCCGAGGCCGGCCUGCGCUUCGCGGGCUUCGCCUGCUUCGGCAGCCCGUGCCGGCCGGAGGCGCGGGAGGUCGUGGAGCUGCUCCGCGGGUGCGGGGUCCGGUGCGCGAUGGUGACCGGGGACGCGGCGACCACGGCCAGCCACGCCGCGAGGGAGGUGGGCCUGCUGGGCCCCGGCGGCCCGCUGCUGCGGCUGGAGGCAGGCAGGUGGCGGCCGCGCGGCGGGGGCUCCCAGGAGUCCCACCCCGUGGGCGACGCCGCGGCGCUGGCCGAGCGGGGCGCCGGGCUCGUCGCCACGGAGGCGGCGCUGGACGAGGCUGGGGACAGCGCCUGGGCAGCGGCCGCCGAGCACGCGGUCGUGCUCGCCCGCAUGUCGCCGGCGGGCAAGACGCGCGCCGUCGAGCUGCUCAGGGGGCGGCGGGCUGGGAGCGCGCCCAAGGCGCUCGAGAGCGGGGGCCGCGCGGUGAUGAUGGUGGGGGACGGCGGCAACGACGUGGGCGCGCUGGCCGCCGCCGACGUGGGCCUGGCGCUUCGCGGCGCGGCGGGCGGCGCGGCGGGCGCCGCUGGGGCCGGCG